AUGUCAAAGCACAAACGCAGGCCCAUCCCCAAGAACUACCAGCAGUUCCUGGCCUUGAUGUUUGCAGUGAAAGAAGUCAACAAGGAUCUGGAUCUCCUCCCCAACAUCACCCUUGGCUUCCACAUCUAUGAAAAUCAUCAGACGGAGAGGAAUAAUACUUUAUUCAGCCUCUCCCUGCUCUCCACACGAGGCCAAAUGGUUCCAGGUUAUAAAUGUGACAGGCGGGACAUUCUGCUCUCUGUCAUUGGAGGUCUCAACCCCAAAUCUUCAAGGCUGAUGGCCUCCAUCUUCAGCAUCUUCAAGGUCCUACAGUGGAACUGGGUUGGCCUGGUGGCUCCUGAAAAUGACAACGGAGAACGUUUCGUCUCAUCUCUGAUGCCGAUGCUGAAGGAGAAGGAGAUCUGCUUGGCCUUCGCUGAAAUAAUGAAAACCGAUUUUUAUAAUAUUCCAGCGGCGAAAUUAAACCAUAUUUUCAAUACUUGGUCAAAAGGUGAAGAGGUGCCCUUUGCCAGGUGUGGCAUGAAGAGGUGCCAGGCAGGAGAGAGGAGAAGAGUUCCAGAGGAGAAGCCGGUGUGCUGCUACCAAUGUGCCCUUUGUCCAAAAGGGACCAUCUCAAAUCAGACAGAUUCUGCAAGCUGUAACCUCUGCCCAGAAGACCAAUAUCCCAACAAGGACAAGAACCACUGCAUUGCCAAGAAGAUCCACUUCCUUUCCUAUCAAGACACCCUGGGAUAUGCUUUAAUUUCUCUCAUUCUUUCUCUCUUCGUGACCACAUCUGCAGUUCUGGCAAUUUUCCUUAAACAUCACGACACACCAAUUGUCAAGGCCAACAACCGAGAUCUCACCUACAUCCUCCUGGUCUCCCUCCUGCUCUGCUUCCUCUGCUCCUUCCUCUUCAUUGGUCAACCAGGGAAGCUCACCUGUCUCUUCCGACAAUCUGCCUUUGCCAUUCUCUUCUCUCUUGCAGUUUCCUCUGUGUUGGCAAAAACAGUCAUGGUGGUUCUGGCUUUCAUGGCCACCAAGCCAGGGAACAAGACAAGGAAACUCUUAGGAAAACCACUCACCAACUCCAUUGUCUUAGGUUGUCCUCUGGUCCAAGCACUUCUUUGUGCCACCUGGCUGGGAAGCUCUCCACCAUUUCCCAACAUGGACUUCCACUCCUUGUAUGGAGAGGCCAUCUUGGAAUGUAAGGAAGGCUCAGCUUCAAUGUUUUACACUGUCCUUGCCUACCUAGGUUUUUUGGCCUUCAUCAGUUUCACAGUGGCAUUUCUAGCUAGGAAAUUGCCUGAUAGCUUUAAUGAAGCCAAGUUCAUUACUUUCAGCAUGCUGGUCUUUUGCAGCGUUUGGAUCACUUUCCUCCCCACCUACUUGAGCACCAAAGGGAAGUCCAUGGUGGCUGUGGAGAUCUUCUCCAUUUUGACCUCUGGAGCUGCUCUCUUGGCUUGUAUCUUUUCCCCCAAAUGCUACAUUAUGUUACUGAGACCUGAUCUCAAUUGCAGGGAGAAUAUAAUGAGGCACAAGAAUCUCUGA